CUUCCCUCCUCCGCAACUCGAUCGAUUCCACCAAACGCACUGGACAUAAACUGGCCCCUCCCUCUGUCUCUCUCUCUCUUUGCUGCCACACUGCGCCCGAUCUCAUCUCGUCCUACUGUCCUACAGAGAACGGACGAGCUGCAAUGCCGCGCCACCUGCUGCAGGAUUCCGUCGGCCGCCUGACCGAGAUGGCCGCGCCGCCGCUGGCCACGGCGAAGGCCGGCGGCGUGCUGCACACGGACACGCUGCUGAUCCUGGUGGCGGUGCUCUGCUUCCUGCUCUGCGUCGUCGGGCUGGCCCUCGUCGCGCGCUGCUCCAGGCUCUGCAACCCCUCCGUCUUCUCCGUCGACGCAUUGCCAGCGAAAACGCCGUGCAAGGGCCUGAAGAAGAAGGCGCUGCAGUCUUUGCCGACCGUGUCGUGGAAGCUGGAGCGGAAAAAGAAGGACGAGGAAGAGGGGGAGGUGCCGGAGUGCGCCAUCUGCCUGGCCGAGUUCGCAAGCGGCGACGAGGUGCGCGUGCUGCCGACGUGCGGCCACGGCUUCCACGCCGCCUGCGUCGACGUCUGGCUCCUCACCAGCUCAACCUGCCCCUCCUGCCGCCGCGCCCUGGUCAUCGCAGUGCAGCCAGCCACCGAGCCUCCGACGACCACCACGUGCUGUGAGCGGCCCGACGUCGCGCCUCAGGGCUCCGCCACCGGCGCAGGCCGUUGCCGGUCGUCGGCACAGUAGGCGUACGGCAGACCGGUGGCGAGCAUACUCCCAUGCGCGCGGCAACUUUGACCUUUCUUGCUUUGUCCUCUUGUGGCACAUGUACAUACAAAAUAUUGUAUAGUUUCUCACGUACAUACGCGUCAUUCGAUUUUUUUUU